AAUCUUUAUUAUUUUCGUCCUUCAACUUUUUUUUCUAGCAAAACCCUAAUUUCACAACUCCUCAAGAAAUUGUGAAAGCAAGAAAAAUUACCCUCUUUUUUCCAUUUCUAAAAAUUAGCUUUCUGUACUUUGCUCUGCAGUAGCAGAGAGUUAGCCACAGUUGAGAGUGUCAGUAUGCAUUUUAGAUUUUCACCACAGAAAUUAGUUUGUCUGUUCAGAUGAUAUUCAUAAACAUACAAACUGAUUCCAGCAGUUGAAGAUUUUACUGAGUUAGUUGGUGUUAGUUUUCUUUCUUCUGUUGUAUUUGGUAAAGAUUGUAUUUUUAUCUUGCUGUUAUUCUUAAGUUUUCAGUUCUUGCUAAAAAAAAGUAACUUUUUUCUAGUUGGGAUUUAAGUACUUUAAAAGUUUUCAGCGUUUUGUCUUUUUUACUUGUUAAUAGUUCUGGGGUUACAGUUAGAGGUGUUAGUAUGUUGUUUGAUCUGUUGCUUUUGGUAAAGUUUGUAUUUUUACUGUGAUUUUCUGUUCUGACGUUUUUAGCACUUGAAAGAUUUGAUCUUUUUCAAGUUUGGGAUUUGAGUUUUCAGGGUUUAGGGGUUUUGAGGGUUUAUUUUUGUGUAUAUGAAUGGAGGAGAAAGAAGGGCUUAAUAGUUUAGGGUUUACAAUUAGAAGUGAUGGAGCUUCUGAAAAUUACAAAAUGGCCCCAAGGAAUGAAACUACCAAUGGAUUUAGUGGAUCAGUGGCUGCAGUCACACCAGUAAAUCCAGUGAGUAUGGCGACACCAUCUACAGAAGUGAAGAAGAAGAGGGGAAGGCCUAAGAAAUACGGACCAGAUGGUUCUGUAAACACUGCAUUAUCACCAAUGCCAAUAUCAGCUUCAAUCCCACUUUCAGGAGAUUUUUCAGGUUGGAAAAAUAGUGGAAGCCGCCCGGUUGAGUCCUUCCAAAAGAAGCAGAAGUUUGAGCUUUCAAGUCCAGGGGAGAGGGUGCCAUACUCUGCUGCUGCAAAUAUUUCACCACAUGUUGGAUACUCUGGUGGUCCAAACUUUACACCACAUGUGAUCACUGUUAAUGCCGGCGAGGAUGUUGCAAUGAAAAUCAUUUCAUUUGCUCAGCAAGGGUCUAGAGCUAUUUGUGUGCUGGCUGCCAAUGGCGCAAUUUCAAAUGUUACACUUGGUCAGCCAAAUUCAUCUGGUGGAACUUUGACCUAUGAGGGUCGAUUUGAAAUUCUCUCUCUGACAGGAUCGUAUAUGUCUAGUGAUAAUGGAGUAACAAAAACCAGAACUGGUGGGAUGAGUGUGUCCCUUUCAGGUCCCGAUGGUCGUGUUAUUGGAGGUGGACUUGCCGGCAUGUUGAUAGCAGCUGGUCCUAUUCAGGUUGUUAUUGGGAGCUUUAUUCCUGGUCACCAGCAAGAGCAGGAGCCCAAGAAGCAGAGGUUCGAGCAUGCAACUACUUUCGCUGCUAUUCCUGCAACUACUUCCGUUUAUGAAGAACGAACUAAUGAAGCUUACACUAGGCCAAGUCACAAUUUUACUUCUUCGACUCCCUUUCCUGGGGAUAACACGGUAUCACUGAACUCCAUACAUAGCUCAAGAAUCUCUGCAGUAGAGAACAAUAUUUCUAUGCGUGGAGAAGAAUCUAAUAAAGAGCAAAGUCCAUCAUCUUGAUUUAGUUCGGUUGUUGUAUUAUCGGUGUAUUCCUGUACCUUAUAGGCUUAUUUUUUAGCCUACUUGGAACUUUAGGCUCACCAUCCCUUUGUGUGACAAAUAUUUAAAUGAGAAUUACUUUCGUAGGAUGUAAUAGGGCAUAAUUUGUGUCGUUUUAACGUAGAAGUUCACACUCUUUGUAGGUUGGCAUUGGACUUUCGGCCAGUAGAAGCUGUUAUUAUUAAUGUUUUUUGUCUGCUAUAUCAUUCUAUCAUUUGUUGAUA